AUCUGGAGUCGGAAGUGACUUGUGUUUUUACUCUUGAGAAAUGUAACGCGAGGAAAGGAUUUCAGGAAGAAAGUCAGCCUUUUGGAGAGAGGAGAAACCGGGCCGGACGGACUUUUGACAGGAACAACUCCUAAAAUAAUCAGCAUCCAGAUCAUCGGAGCAUGGGCGGAGGUAUCUGAGAGCUGUAAAAUGUACCCGCGACACCGUGAGAGGGAGCAGCCCAUCUUCAGCACCAGAGCUCAUGUCUUCCAGAUCGACCCGGCGACCAAACGUAACUGGCUGCCGGCCAGUAAGCACGCCGUCACCGUGUCCUUCUUCUACGACGCCAGCCGCAACGUCUACCGCAUCAUUAGCGUGGGAGGGACCAAGGCCAUCAUCAACAGCACCAUCACCCCCAACAUGACGUUCACCAAGACGUCCCAGAAGUUCGGCCAGUGGGCCGACAGCCGGGCGAACACCGUCUACGGUCUGGGUUUCUCCACGGAGCAGCAGCUGCAGCAGUUUGCAGAGCAGUUUAAGGAGGUGAAGGAGGCGGCUCGUCUGGCCAGAGAGAAAUCCCAGGAGAGGUUUGAACUGGCCAACCCCGGACUCAACAUCGCAGCUCCUCAGCUCUCGCAGGAGCUGUCGGAGGAGCAUCACUCCCCACCGCUGCUGACAGUUAACGGGCCUGGAGAGGAAAAACUGUUUCGCAGCAGGAGCGCAGAAGUGGAGCUGACGGCUGAGAAGGAACGGGUCAAAAAGAUGCUGUCAGAAGGGUCCAUGUGUGAGCUCAACUUGGAGGCUGAACUCUUCACUCUGCAGGACAGCAACGCCAAGCUGGUGGCGGCGCUGCAGGAAGCCAACAGCAGCGUGGAGCAGUGGAAGAAACAGCUGGCAGAAUACCAGGAGGAGACUGAUCGCCUCCGAGACCAGGUGGCUGACCUGGAGGCCCAGCUGGGGCGUCCUGCUGCUGGUCAGCCGGCUAAAGAGGAGCUGAGUCGGUCGCUGGAGGAGCUGGAAGCCUCGCUGAGAGCCAAAGAGCAGGAGAUUCAGAAUCUGCAGUGCAGGAAAGCAGAUGUGGGCGAACUGGAAAAGGAGAAAGAGGAGAUCAUGCAGAGACUUCAGGACCUGGAGCGACGAAACACCGAGCUGGAGAGUCGUGCUCAGAGCGCUGAGAAAACGUUGGCCACGAAUCUCGAGGAGCAGGAGCAAGCAGAGGUUGAAGUGCAGCGAAUCAUCGGCGUUCUGGACGUCAAAAUCGGUGACCUGAAAGGCCUGAGAGAAAGUCUAGCAAAACUGGUGGAUAAGUAGCCACAGCUGGAGCUGGGAUGCAUCUCCACAGUCUGUGCUCGUAGAGUUGAAUUAGUGCAGCAGGACAGCAAAGAUCACAGAGAUGAGGUGGAAAUCACUGAGGUCGACCUUUUUCUGAGAGAAUCAGUGAAGAUUGACAGCUUUCUCAAAACCGUCCUGUCCUGUUUUAUCAUCUGCAUCUGCUAACUAGCCAGUCUGAAGGAGGAAGAUCUAUCUGCCAUGGAAAACAACAGCACCCUUUAUGGCUUUUUGAUGCUGCAGCUUUUAGUAAAAAGUCUCUCCUGGGAUCUCAUUUACAAAUAAAAACAGACAUUUAUACUCACUUAGGUACGUUUAGGUGUUCAUAAAUGAUUCACAAAAGCUGGAAAUCAUAGCAAACCUGGAUUGUUUUGCCUCUUCUGGAGCCAACAAUCGAACGUGUAAAGAAUGCUCAGCUUUAUGUGAACAACCACUGCAGGUGCUGUCACUCUGCUCUACCUGCAGUCUGUCCAUUCAUUCUAGUAGAGAACAAGCAUCGCAACAAUAUCCGUAACCUAAACCUUCAAAUUCCUCUGAACACAUCAAGAGACACCUGCCUUUUCAAAUACCCACACUCACGUCUUCUGGUUUGAAUAUUGGUCUCUUUUUUUUGCUAUUUAAGUUGCUUCCUUGGUAGUUUUACAUUGCUUCAUCAGUACACAGUGAAAAUAUCUAAUUAAAAGUACUUAAGUCC